AUGGCGUUUUCCAGACAAGACCACCUUUCUCACAAGCUCAAUAUGCCUCCCUUUGGCUACGCCCCAAACCCAUCUGAUGAUACCGUCUGUAUUCCCUUUGCUACCAAUCGCCUCACCCCGGUUCCUGUCCAACCAGGUCGGCUUGAACAACCAGGAGCGUCCUCCACUCUCUUGACCUCUUCUAGUAUCCCUGCCAUGAAUAUCGGCAACAACAAGCCUGGACCCUACUUGAAUCUUACAAGCUAUCCCAACCCCAUUAGCAGAGCUGCUCCGUCAAACGAGGUGCCAUACGGGAGCUUAGUCCGCUAUAUGGAAGCCCCUACCUGGGGUGUUAUCAAGAUUUCGAACGUAAGUAACUGA